AUGGAAGGUGAGACUGUAACGGAUCCUUACCAAACCACAAUGGGUGGUGAGUACUAUGGCGAUGAUGAGAUGGUAUGGGGCUCUAUGAUUCCUCCAACGGAUGAAGAUCCUUUUGCCGAACUGAAAAUGGAGAUAAAGAAGUUACGUGCAAGAUUUGGUGUGGUGCCAGACGCUAUCCGCAAAAUGGUAAAACGAUGGACUGAUGAAAUGCAAAAUGAAGAGAUGAAGAAUGUCAAUCGGAUAUGUAAGGAGAUAAAGAUACGAAUGGAAACUCUCCAGAACAGUGAACCUGAGCAAAUUGGUGAAAGUACAAGUUACAUGGCUGAUAUAAACACGAUGGCUCCUGAUGUAUUGCAAAACCAUACAAGGAGAGUUUUGAAAAGGUUUGCCUGCUUUUUGGAAGAUAAGAGUCCUUGUUUUUCAUUGGUUGACCGUGUUGGAAUUAUGACAGAAUUAUUUGCGAACAAAACUUGUUUUGACCCAAACGCUCCAUUCGAACCAGAGCAAACACCUCGAACCCAAAAGUCCAGAGAUCUGACGACACUUCAACCAGAUGUGAUGAGGGAGCUCCCUCGAUCGUGCGUACGCAUCGUAGCAGAUACCAGAAUCAGGACAAGAGAAGGAAGUGCACCCUUCCAAGCAAGAAUGGAGGCAAAGAACACUAUAUGUGGUGUGCCUCAAAUGGCACCAAGUCGCAACCUGAGGGGACGGCGUUCAAAAAGUUCAUUAAAAGCAAUGGGACUUCUUAAGCAGGACCUACUGAAAGGGGCCACGAGCAAAGAUGUGGCUUGUGCGGUUGAUGAAAUGGCUGCAGAACUCUCAAGAAGAGAUGUCACAAAUCUGGAUACCAAUUUCCUUGCAGAUCUCCCAUUUGAGAAAAGGAGAAGAGCGUUUGCGAAAUCACUAAGAUCAGUGAAACUUGCAGUAAAGAAAGUGAUAAUUGAUGCCGAUGCUGUAGAAAACCGAACGAUGUGGUGUGACUUCGACAAUAUCCCAGCACAUCUACUGUGUGUCAUGACACCAAAGGAUUUGAAAAAAUGCGGAUUGUGUAAUGAUAGACCGUACAAAUAUCAAGAUCCUAGGUGGACUGUCCAUACAAUAUCUAAAUUUUGUCAGAGCGAUUGCACGGAUAGACGAUUGCUACAUAAUCUCACUGAAAUAGCAAUUCGGGCUAUUAUGGAUCCUACAUACAACACUUUUGCGUUUGACGAUGACAUUGUGGAUAACAUGACAUGCAUCACUUACAGAUUUUCGCCAGAUAUUGUAAGACCGAUGAUUGGAAAUGGCUGGUGGCAAUGUGAAAAGAAGAGGAUUUGGAAGAAAUUCGUUGCAUCAGGGAUUGCUGAGAGAAUGGACUGUGAUUUGGUCAACAAGUGGUUACAUGCAAUCUCAGAAGAGGAAGUAAAUAAUGUGACCUGUAAUAUGGAUACCGGUGACUAUAACACUUACCCAAACGAUCCUCAUCCAUAUAACACCAAACCCGAUGUUGUAUUCAUUUAUAAUAAUACCGAAACAACGACCACUGGCGAUCAAUCUGACUUCGUCGGCAGAGGAAAACGUGAAGUCGAAGAAAUCUACAAUGACGACACCGAUAAAUACGAUAAAGAUGAAUUCAUGCGAAAGAUGCAAGGAUUGAGAUUGAAAUGUACGCCUGAAGAUAGCCUCGGUGACCUGUUGGAUGAUGAUCCGUUAGACCAUCUCGAAGAAUUGGAAGAAAGAUUAGUUACUCCGGAGAAUAGACAGAGAAUUGCAGAGAAAAUCACAAACUACACCCUUCAUAAUAACAUAUCUGAAAUUGUUGAUUUGGAUAUUGCAAAGGCCGGUUCUAUCGUCUGCGAGUCACCCAAUAUCAUUGAGCUGUUCCUUAAUGACGCGACGGGAAAGCGGAAUAUUGCAAAAGCGUACAAGUCGCUGAUGAAGAAAAUCAACCGAUACUUCCAUAAGAUUUGUCACGAUUUGAACGAGUGCAAUAAAUAUACCAUCUGUAAAGAAUCCCUUCGUCCUGUACGCCAAGAGUUGAUCCGGACUCGUCAAAGACAGAGGAGAGAAAUGACUUGUGAUUCGAUGAUGCCAAUAGGUGACAGUAUAGCCACUACCAAUUCAACUUCAAGCAACGCUACAGAUGCUGAAAAGGGAAAAAGGCGUAAAAGGGAAACAGAAAAUAUCAUAACGUUUGAUGAUGUGGAAUUGGACAGUGACGAAAUUAAGACAGCGUACACCGUUGCUGAAAUCGAAAGCAUAACAGAUCUGAUUCCACAACUGACCUCAGAAUCUCUCACAAGUAUGUUUGAAAGUCUUGGAGCCCCGUGUGGAUAUUCCGAUGAGCAGCUCGGUGCAUUCAAUGAGUCUGUAACGCUAGCUUUGGAUAGGUUUGUGGGAGAAGGCGUCGAUGUGGACCUGGCUAUUUUUGGUAGCCUCCUUCAAGGUUUGGACCCAAUGGGAGUGAAAGAACAAUACAUGUCCGAGGCCCAGGGAACUGAUAUGUAUUUCCCGUAUGGACAAUGCCCCUGGCCAGAAAGCAGACAAGAUAUGGCCGUGGUUGUUCACAAUCUUUACACAGAGGCAACUGGCGGCUCUCUAGAUAGUGUUGAUUUGACUGCGAUGGGCACGCUGGUCUGUGUUCUCGAUACCAGUACGAUUGACCCAGUUGAAAUAUAG